AAAGACAAGCAUUGUCACAUCAAUUCACAAACGCACACACACGCACACACCACCAACCCUUUAACCUUGGCAAAAUAGUAUGCAAAAUAUGCAGAUGCUGAUCCCACACUGGCACAUGGAUUGAAGCACGGGGAUGCUGGCCGGGGUUAUAUAAACAAGUCGCAAGACACAAAACGGACAGACGGAUGUGAUGAGCUGUGACACCGCAUUUGGAUUAUUGCCCUGUUUAUAGAUUAACAGGCAAAGACGCCAUCCGAAGUCUGCAGCAGAGCAGGCAGGGUCACAGAGGAGCCAUUGAUUCUAAAGUGCACAUCAAUACACAAUGAGGCCCGCUUGGAGUUCUGUCUUCAGCCGCCGCCGCCGCUUUCCCUUCACCCCCCUCUCGCUCACCCUGCGCAGCCUGGUCGUGGUCCCGCUCCUUCUGGGCUUCGCUCCGUGUUGUCAGGCGGUCCAGGCAGAGAAUGUCACUGUGUUGGAGGGCGGCACGGCCCAGAUUUCCUGCCGCCUGCAGAACUACGACGGAUCCAUUGUGGUCAUCCAGAACCCUCGCCGGCAGACGCUCUUCUUCAACGGCACGCGUGCCCUGAAGGACGACCGCUUUCAGAUGGUGCUUUUCACGCCGCGGCUUGUGCGCAUCACGCUGACCAACGUCAGCGUCUUGGACGAGGGCGGGUACUUCUGCCAGCUCUACACGGAUGCCACGCACCACCAGGUGGCCACGCUGGCCGUCCUGGUACCCCCGGAGACGCCCGUAGUGGAGGUGAAGCAGGAGGCCGUGGAGGGCGGCGACGUGGAGCUCAGCUGCGUGUCGCCGCGAAGCAAGCCCGCCGCCACACUGCGCUGGAUGCGCAAUGGCCGAGAGAUUCCAGGUGUGGUCUCCCAGCAGGACAAUGGCAAGACCAUCAGCGUAUCGAGCACCAUCCGCAUCCCCGUCGAGAGGAAGGACAAUGGGGCGGCGUUGAGUUGCGAGGCGCUCCACCCGGCGCUGGGCAACCAGAAGAGGAUCCGACACUACCGCCUGGAUGUGUUCUUUGCACCGACCGUAAGGAUCAUCCCUCCCGCUGGCAUCUUGCGAGAGGGUGACUCGCUGAGCCUGUCUUGCUCCGUCGUUGCCAACCCUCUGCCCAGGGCCAUCCAGUGGUCCAAGAUCAACGACACCUUACCUGAACGGGCCGAAAUCUCCGGGCCCACCUUCCAGAUUUCCCGCCUGAGCCAGUCGCACAACGGCACGUACUUGUGUCAGGCGCAGAACAACUACGGGCGAGCUGCCGAUCACUACACUCUGCUGGUCUACGAUAAUGUGUCAUUCCCAAGCAUGACCCCUCUCACUCACACUUCCCAUCCCAUCGUCAACCCAUCCCUCCCGCUGGACACAAAAGCCUUCUUCUCCUUUGGUGUCUUCCUCUUUUGUCUCAGGUGGACAUACACACACAUACAAACGCACCCUUUGUUGUGCUGCAACCUUCCUUUGUCAAGUAUUUACACAAGCUCGGGUACCUGCGGAUGCUCUGCCAUUCGCUGCACACAAUUGCCCGCUCCUGCUUCCUGCUUUUUAUCGCUGCCCGCACAUUUGACCAACUCAGCAUUUGUGCAUAUACAGCGUACGUGUGUGUGUGUGUGUGUGCGUGCGUGUGUGCGCGCGUGUGUCUGUGUUGUAUGUUGUAUAUUUUAUCAACACAUACAAUAAUGACAUAAUUAAAUGGAAUGAAAUGAAUUAAACAAUUUUGUCACAUUUUUUGCUUUAGUUCAAUGGACAUGCUGUUUCUUCUGCAUGUCAAAAGUAAGCCACAGGUAUAUUAGUCGUUCUUCUCAGAUGAUAAAUAAUAUUAGCCUGCAAUCAUUGUUAAAUAAUAUGUCUCGAUGUGUUCCUCCCCCAUUUGUGUUCAAAUAUCUGUUACUUAAAGGGUUACAACAACACAACAGUUAGUUUGAAGAAUUGUUUACAAUCAGUUGCCUGCCACCAUACAGUGCUCUAUCACAAAGUUUUGCUCGCAAGUCAAAGAAAAAAAUCAUCUGAAUGACAGUUCAUAUCUGGAAAAACUCGUCCGUCGGGUCACGGGCCAUGUCACCCAAUUUACGUUAGAAAGAAUUUCACGGCACAACACGAAACAAAAAUGUCACAAAGGAUGAAUAAUGAUGAUCUUGUCUCAAUUUACUCACAAAUUUACUUUCUCAGUGGUUAAUCUGGGCCUUUUACAAACCUAUUACAAACUUGAUACUCGCAGGAAGCAAUGACUUGUUCUGUUGUAAAAAUGGCAACAGUAGGAUACACAGGUUUGUUGUAACUUCUGCCAUCUAAUGGAAGAUAAUUUAAUUGUUCUGCCUGUCACGAAACAUCGCUGGCAUAGAUAAAUUAACAAAGAUAUAUUUUAAUCAAUAACUAAGUCGGGCAAAUAAAGUGAAAUUGUAUAAUUUCCCAAGGCCCAACUGAUGAGCUCUCAUGACACCCUUAGGGUGCCACGGCAACCUGGUUGAGAAUCAUUGCAUAUUGUGUGCGUGUAUGUGUGAGUGUGUUCAUGACACAAAGUCAUUAUUUACUGUAGCUCUUUCAUAUACUUGCUUGCUUUCUUUUCACCUGAAAGAAUAAAAAAGAGGAGUGUUUCUCAUUCUUGAAAUGCCGUCACCUUCUCUUGCAGGUAGAUGCCUUUGACCUGCUGUGUGUGUACGUGUGUGUAAAUGUCAAAGAGAGUCACGGGAAAUGAAGCUGAGGUGUGAACAGAACGUUUAGUCGAUGCUAGCACUAAAAAACAUGAACACGUUUGCAUUAUGUCGGUCGCUGUUGGCACAGUUUAGAGCCUGGCGGUAGAUUAAAAGGGCUCUCAAAGUUAAAGUGUUAACGCAUGAUUAGUCACAAAAAAAUUAUCGCAUUAAUCAUGUAUUAACUCAGAUUAAUCACACAAUUUAUUCUGACCACACAUGCUCAUUUACCUUAACCACGGAUGGAUAUCUGAAAUGCGGUGCAGGUUGCUUUAAGGUUAGUGAUCAUGUCAAUGCUUACGUACAGUGCAAAGAUGAGUGAUGAGAAAUCCGACUAGUGUGCCCGGCGGCAAAUUUAGCUUCAAAGCUGAUGGGACUUAAAAAAUAAAAAAUAAAA